AUGACUUAUAUAAAGAUCUUUAAUGUUAUUAAAAUAAUUUAUAUAUAUAAUAAUUAUCAUAAUCAAGCAUUAGUUAAUAUAAAAGGCUGUUUUGAAAUCCCCCAAAUACUGAAUCCAUACGAAAUGGUUGGAAAGAUUGAAAUCAUUAUUUUAAAAGUACAAGUUUGCAGGAGAAUAAAUGCCAUAGCUAUAAAAAGACCCAGCUUCUAUGAAAUGCGUUUUUAUGGUAAAUUUAUUAUUCUCUCUUUAAAUUAGGACAAAAAUUGGUGAAUUUUCCAUUUUUUUGCAAAUUAAUUUUUAAAUAGAAAUUUUUUGUGAAAAUAAUAAUUUCUUUAAAGGAUAGCUUUAUUCAAUUUAAUUGAGUUCCUCUUUGAAUUUUGUAUUUAUGAAUUAAAAAAUUAAACAAAAUUUAAAAGCAUUGCCUCAAUUUAUGCUCUUUAUUUUUUAAUAAAAAUGUAAAUUAAUUUACUAUAAAAUUGUUUAAAUAAGACCUAAAUCCUCUUUAGAAGGCGAGCUAAAACUUUACACCAUUAA